CCCGGAUGUGCAGGCCCUCUCCUGCCCUGGCAGCCCUGCCUGACGCGGCCGCAGUGCCCAGAGGCUCAGGCCUAUAUCGCUCGGGCGGGUCCUUUGCCUGGCCCGGGUCAUCGGACCCUACAGCCGGGCACGUCACUACCCCGGGCGUCGCCUCCCGGCCCAGCCGGCCCACAGACCCCCGCCCCCUACUCCCCCAGCGGGGAGGGGCGCAGAGGCAUCACGUGACGCCCCGCACCCGCCCGGGCCUGGUCACAUGGUGGCACGGCCGCUGCGUCAGUCACAUCCCUGGCUGCAGGAGUCCAGCUGCCGUCGCCGCCGCCAGCGGACGGGGCGGGGAUCCUGGUGCCAGGUCCUCGUCAACCCGCCCCCGCCGCCUCAGUCAGCUGUCCCAGUCCGGGCCCGACCGUCAUGGAGCGGUGCGGGGCCUACGCCUGUUCCGUGUGAGGCGCGUCGCUGCCGCCGGCGCCGCCUUCGUUUGUCGAGGCCUCCGGAACCCCCGCCGCCUCCCGGAGCCCCUCGCCCUUGGCAGCCUGUCACCGCCCCCUGGGCGGGCUCGAAUGCGCGUCCGGUGAAGGUGCAGGCCCGGCGCCGCCACUGCCGCAGCCAGGAGAUGGUUCGGGCCUAGCGGAGCCGGGACUGGAGGGAAUCUAGAGCAACAGCAAAGCUGAGGUCAAACUACCAUAAGGAUGGACACCAAGGAAGCUGUGUUUGGGACAAAAAGAAAUCAAGAUAAGCAACAUGAACCGUGAAGACCGGAAUGUGCUGCGUAUGAAAGAACGGGAAAGGCGGAAUCAGGAAAUUCAGCAGGGCGAAGACGCCUUCCCACCUAGCUCUCCUCUCUUUGCAGAGCCAUACAAAGUUACUAGCAAAGAAGAUAAGUUAUCAAGUCGUAUUCAGAGUAUGCUUGGAAACUACGAUGAAAUGAAGGAUUUCAUAGGAGACAGAUCUAUACCAAAGCUUGUUGCAAUUCCCAAGCCUACAGUACCACCAUCAGCAGAUGAAAAAUCUAACCCAAAUUUCUUUGAGCAGAGACAUGGAGGCUCUCAUCAGAGUAGCAAAUGGACUCCAGUAGGACCUGCACCCAGCACUUCUCAGUCUCAGAAACGGUCCUCAGGCUUACAGAGUGGACAUAGUAGCCAGCGGACCAGUGCAGGUAGCAGUAGUGGCACUAACAGUAGUGGUCAGAGGCACGACCGUGAGUCAUAUAACAGUAGUGGGAGCAGUAGCCGGAAAAAAGGCCAGCAUGGAUCAGAACACUCCAAAUCACGUUCUUCCAGCCCUGGAAAACCCCAGGCUGUUUCUUCAUUAAGUUCUAGUCAUUCCAGGUCUCACGGGAAUGAUCACCAUAGCAAGGAACAUCAACGCUCCAAAUCACCUCGGGACCCUGAUGCAAACUGGGAUUCUCCUUCCCGUGUACCUUUUUCAAGUGGGCAGCACUCAACUCAAUCUUUCCCACCCUCAUUGAUGUCAAAGUCCAAUUCAAUGUUACAGAAACCCACUGCCUAUGUGCGGCCCAUGGACGGACAGGAGUCCAUGGAACCAAAGCUGUCCUCUGAGCACUACAGCAGCCAAUCCCAUGGCAACAGCAUGACUGAGCUGAAGCCCAGCAGCAAAGCACAUCUCACCAAGCUGAAAAUACCUUCCCAACCACUGGAUGCAUCAGCUUCUGGUGAUGUGAGCUGUGUGGAUGAAAUCUUAAAAGAGAUGACGCAUUCAUGGCCACCCCCUCUAACGGCUAUUCAUACACCAUGCAAAACAGAACCUUCCAAAUUUCCUUUUCCAACUAAGGAGUCUCAGCAGUCCAAUUUUGGCCCUGGAGAACAAAAAAGAUAUAAUCCUUCUAAAACUUCAAAUGGGCACCAGUCUAAAUCUAUGUUAAAAGAUGACUUAAAACUAAGCAGCAGUGAAGACAGUGAUGGGGAACAGGAUUGUGAUAAGACAAUGCCGAGGAGUACACCAGGAAGUAACUCUGAACCUUCACACCAUAAUAGUGAAGGAGCAGAUAACUCCAGGGAUGAUUCUAGUAGCCACAGUGGAUCUGAAAGCAGCUCUGGAUCUGACUCAGAGAGUGAAAGUAGUUCCAGUGACAGUGAGGCAAAUGAGCCAUCCCAGAGUGCAUCUCCCGAGCCUGAACCCCCACCAACAAACAAAUGGCAACUUGAUAAUUGGCUGAAUAAAGUGAACCCACAUAAAGUGUCACCCGCUUCUUCAGUGGACAGUAACAUCCCAUCAUCUCAAGGCUACAAAAAGGAAGGCCGAGAGCAGGGCACUGGGAAUAGUUACACUGACACAAGUGGACCUAAAGAAACGAGUUCUGCUACUCCUGGACGAGACUCCAAAACCAUCCAAAAGGGAUCAGAAAGUGGGCGUGGGAGGCAGAAAUCUCCUGCGCAGAGUGACAGCACAACACAGAGAAGAACUGUAGGCAAAAAACAACCCAAAAAGGCUGAGAAGGCAGCUGCUGAAGAGCCUCGUGGAGGCCUGAAGAUAGAAAGUGAAACCCCUGUAGACUUGGCUAGCAGCAUGCCCUCCAGCAGACACAAAGCAGCCACCAAAGGCUCAAGGAAACCCAAUAUAAAGAAGGAGUCUAAGUCUUCCCCUCGACCUACAGCAGAGAAAAAGAAAUAUAAGUCAACAAGUAAAUCUUCCCAGAAAUCAAGGGAAAUCAUAGAAACAGAUACCUCAUCCUCGGAUUCAGAUGAAAGCGAGAGCCUUCCUCCUUCCUCACAAACUCCUAAGUACCCCGAGAGCAAUAGGACUCCUGUUAAACCCUCCUCAGUGGAGGAAGAAGAUAGCUUUUUUCGGCAACGAAUGUUCUCUCCUAUGGAAGAGAAGGAACUUCUUUCACCCCUCAGUGAGCCUGAUGACAGGUACCCACUUAUUGUGAAGAUUGACCUGAAUCUUUUGACUAGAAUACCAGGAAAGCCUUACAAAGAAACAGAGCCGCCCAAGGGGGAAAAGAAAAAUGUGCCAGAAAAGCACACGAGAGAGGCUCAGAAACAAGCCUCAGAAAAAGUUUCCAACAAAGGCAAGAGGAAGCAUAAGAAUGAAGAUGAUAACCGAGCCAGUGAGAGCAAGAAACCCAAAACGGAGGACAAGAAUUCAGCAGGCCAUAAGCCAUCCAGCAACAGAGAGUCGUCUAAGCAGAGUGCUGCAAAAGAAAAGGAUUUGUUGCCUUCUCCUGCUGGGCCUGUUCCUUCAAAAGAUCCAAAAACAGAGCAUGGCUCUCGGAAGAGGACUAUUAGUCAGUCUUCUUCUUUAAAGUCAAGCAGUAACAGCAACAAGGAGACGAGUGGCAGUAGCAAAAACAGUUCCUCCACAUCAAAGCAGAAGAAGACCGAAGGGAAGACUUCCAGUAGCUCCAAGGAGGUUAAGGAAAAGGCUCCAAGUAGCUCCUCUAACUGUCCUCCAUCUGCGCCAACUCUUGAUUCUUCUAAGCCUCGGAGAACAAAGCUUGUCUUUGAUGACAGAAAUUAUUCAGCAGACCAUUAUUUGCAAGAAGCAAAAAAGCUAAAGCACAAUGCAGAUGCAUUGUCUGAUAGGUUUGAGAAAGCUGUAUACUAUCUUGAUGCUGUGGUAUCUUUCAUUGAAUGUGGGAAUGCAUUAGAGAAGAAUGCUCAGGAAUCCAAAUCCCCAUUCCCUAUGUAUUCAGAGACGGUGGAUCUCAUCAAAUACACUAUGAAGCUAAAGAAUUACUUGGCACCAGAUGCUACAGCUGCAGAUAAACGACUCACAGUACUUUGCCUGCGAUGCGAGUCUUUGCUGUACCUGAGGCUUUUCAAACUGAAGAAGGAAAAUGCUCUGAAGUACUCAAAGACACUGACAGAGCACCUGAAGAAUUCUUAUAAUAAUUCUCAAGCACCAUCGCCUGGCUUGGGAAGCAAAGCUGUGGGGAUGCCUUCCCCUGUUUCUCCAAAGCUGUCACCAGGCAAUUCAGGAAAUUAUUCAUCUGGGGCCAGUAGUGCUUCUGCAAGUGGUUCUUCAGUGACCAUUCCACAGAAGAUCCACCAGAUGGCAGCCAGCUAUGUUCAGGUCACAUCCAACUUCCUCUAUGCCACCGAAAUUUGGGACCAAGCUGAACAGCUUUCCAAAGAGCAAAAAGAGUUCUUUGCUGAACUGGAUAAAGUAAUGGGCCCUCUCAUCUUUAAUGCAAGUAUCAUGACAGAUCUAGUUCGUUAUACCCGGCAGGGACUGCACUGGCUUCGCCAGGAUGCCAAGUUGAUAUCUUGAACUGAACACAUUCUCGUUGCCUCUGAUUUUCUCCACAACACUGUGUCACAUCACGAAGGAAAACUGCCAUAACAUACCACCUAGUCGACACUAAGAAUGAGGAAUAGUUUUCUCCUCGUUGGUUCAUGUGUUGUUGUUUUUGAUAAUCCAAAGCCAUCAUGUCAGUUGGCCCUUUAAUAUUUCCAAUGUGAAAGAUUAUUUAAAUGCUUUUAAAUCUGCAGCACAUUGAUAAGAUGGUUUCCGUGAGCUAUGAUAAGAUUGAAAUUCCAGUUGCAAUUCAUAACUAAUGAAUUGAAAUUUUAUUUAUUUUAAUUUUUUUAAGUUCCCAGAUUGGGGAUAGUUUAAGACUUAGUUAUUUCUGCCUAUAAAUUUACUCUGUUGAAUAUUUAGCAUAAAUUUAAUGUAGACAUUUUUAUUUAUAUACCUUGGGAGCUUUAUUACCUAAUAUCUUUUUGUGGUAGCUGUUCUAAGAGUAAGAAUUGGUUCAUCUAAAAUAAGGACAUACUCUUUUUACACCUACUACCUGACCUGAUAUUUGAAAUCUUAACUCCAAUUUUAUUAUUGUGGAAUUUACAGUUAGUAUUAAGGAUAUUCUUCUACACAUUGAAAAAAAUCACUUAAAUAUGAGAAAAUGGCAUUCUACAUGUAUGUACUAUGAAAUGUGUCUGAUUUGGUAUGCAUUAUUUCAAAAACUGUGAAUGUGUGUUAACACUACAGCAAUCACACGGUGACUAUAAUUUGCAUUUAAUGCAUUACAAAAGAGGGAGGACAGACUUUCUAGAAGAAGCAUUUCGUGUUGAAGGGUUUCAUAAAAGGACAAUCCUGAACGUUACGGAUCUUAUUAAAACCAUAUGUUAUUUUUUGUUGUUAAUCAUUUGACACUUAAUCGAAACAGAAUAAGUUACUGUGGAAAAAAGGAUGAUCCAACUCCUGAGGAUUGCUGCUUAUGUGUCUUUAAUUGAUUAUCUUUGACGGUUAGAGUUAUUUUUCAGAUUUUUCCCCCUCAUACUGGAUUGUGAUGCUCUGAUAUGAGCGUGCAGUUACUGAUACAGAAAUAGGCUGGAGCUUCGGUGUGUGCUUUUGCUAUACAGCUUACAGUUCUAAUGCCUGAUGUAGAGAUGAUGAAUUUCUCCUUUUUAAACCUAUCUUCUGUUUACUCCUUUUGUAUUAUGAAGGCCCUCUUCAAUGAUGUAUGUUUCUGAUGGAAUCAGAAAAUUUCACACUAGAAAAGUGUACCUAACUUGAUUCAGUGUGAGCUCUCGGGACAGGGAAGGGAGCCAGGGGUAGAGCUUAAGAAGCUGGCUCUGUAAGAGUUGUAUAUCAAAGUACCUUUUGCUACAAGGUGCAUAUAGAAAUCUAAGAUAAGAAAUGUACCCUCUAAACUUUAUUUUUCAUGCCCCUAUCAUGUUUGGUGUGCCUUAAAUCUUACCUUUAAAUGAAGACUCUAUGGAUUGUUUACAAAUGAAGUUUUACACUAGGACCAGAUCGUCCAUACAUGAUUGGUCUUCUACAAUAAUAAUGUUCAAUUUUUUCGUUUUAAAUCUUUCUUUAGGGUCAUAUAAAGAUUAGUUCUUUCAGAAAAGCUAUUGCUUUGGUACAUGACUUAGUCUAACCAAUUGGGUAAUGCUGCUUUGAAAAAUAGUUUGUCCCUCUCCCCAUUCCAAAAAUGAAUCCAUUCAGUCAGAAAAAAAGAUUAUCCUACUAUUUGUAGAUGAUUGCUAAGGCUUGAAAUAGGAAAGGGGAAAGAAGGAAUAGAAAAGUUUCAAGUCCAGUAGUGCAGUGAAUCCUUUGUGUUUGAGACUUUUUUACACUUAUUUUUGAAGUUAGUGAACUUUCAUUGUCCUUGUGGCCUCAUAUUUAUAGAGCUUCUUAACUGUUUUGUACCUCAGAUUGUUUUUAGAUAUCAUUGAAGAUUGAGAUGUACAAAUUAUGUUGAAUUUAACCUGUUUCUCUUGGAGAAAUUGCCUCUGAUAUCUUUCUAACUUAAUCUUAGUGUGUUCUAGGAACAGUUUUCCAUAAGAGGACAACUUCUCAAUGAUCAUGAUAGUUAUUUAGUAAGAAAUAAUGGUUGUUAAUCAAGUACAUGUUAUGUCUUGUCCUUCUUUGAUUUCUCUGACUCGGAUUCCUUAAUUUGCAGUGAUGUCUUAGAAAUGGAAAAAGUAUCCUCUGGGCUUUCAGACUUUCAGCAACAACAGCCAAUGGGAUACCUCUAAGUUCUAGUGUGUUCUAGUCUCUUGUAUGUCCUGAAAGGCAGCAGGAGCAUUUCUGGGGUCACACUGAUAUUUUGUUAAAGCAGAGUUUCCUGCAUGGUUUAUGGUGCUGCUCUAAUAUUUUCUCUUUAAAACUGUGUCAAUUUUUGGAGAAUGAAUUUUUCAACCUUUUCAUUGUGGAGGAUUUUUCCCACAAGGUAGUAAUGGGCAAUGGAUCAAAAUCCUAUCAUAAAUAAUUGAAUUUUCAAUGUCAUAGUGUGUGGAAAUACUACUCCCUUUCCUUCACGUCUGUCUUAGAUGUUCUGUCUUUGUCAUCAUCUGCUCCAGCACAUACUUUGGACUCCUUUACAGGUGACCUUCCUCCCUCCCUCCUCAAUAGGUGUCCUCAGUGUUUUCUAACCAUUUAAAACUGAAUUUGACAAGUGGCUAAAAACUUAGUCUGAGACUUGUACUUAGUAUAUGGUUAAUUAUAGAAACAACAACUAUUUUAAACAGUUACUAAACAACAACUAUUUUAAACAGUUACUUUGUUGACUGCUCUUUAUGACUACACUUGUAUGCCAGGAGGCAGCAGCCUAUACACCAUUAGACUCUUUAUAAGCAACCAACGAACCAAUUGCAGUGGAUGCAGUUGUCACAGUAGUCUUGCCUGGGCCAGACUGGGCUGGGCUGUGGGGAGCAUUCCCCUUCAGGGGAGUUUCCACAGCUCAGCCCAGGCUCCAGUCUGGCUGGAGAGCAUCCAGCCCAUUCCUUGCCUGAGUGCCACCUUUUUCUGGGCAAGUAGCCAAGAAGUGACUUUAUAUGCAGUGAGUACUUCAGAUAAACUUACAGCUAUAGCUGCUGAAGAGUGGAGAAGGUUGACCACCAUUGAUUUAAUUCUCUAGUGUAAAAGCAAUUGAGAGCAGUGUGCGUGAGCCCACAGCCACCUGUGUUUCUGGGAGCUCUCGCAGUGGCGGAUUCUUAGGCACUUGGGCUGCACUUUGAAUGACACACUUGGCUUUAUUAGAUUCACUAGUUUUUUAAAAAUUGUUGUUUGUUUCUUCUCAUUAAAGGUUUAAUCAGACAGAUCAGACAGCAUAAUUUUGUAUUUAAUGACAGAAACGUUGGUACAUUUUUUCAUGAAUGAGCUUGCAUUCUGAAGCAAGAGCCUACAAAAGGCACUUGUUAUAAAUGAAAGUUCUGGCUCUAGAGGCCAGUACUCUGUGGAGUUUCAGAGCAGCCAGUGAUUGUUCCAGUCAGUGAUGCCUAGUUAUAUAGAGGAGGGGUACACUGUGCACUCUUCUAGGUGUAAGGGUAUGCAACUUAUGUACACAUACACACUUUAUAUAUAUGUAUGUAUGUAUGAAAACAUGAAAUUAGUUUGUCAAAAAUGUGUGUGUUUAGUAUUUUAGCUUAGUGCAACUAUUUCCACAUUAUUUAUUAAAUUGAUCUAAGACACUUUCUUGUUGACACCUUGAAUAUUAAUGUUCAAGGGUGCAAUGUGUAUUCCUUUAGAUUGUUAAAGCUUAAUUACUAUGAUUUGUAGUAAAUUAACUUUUAAAAUGUAUUUGAGCCCUUCUGUAGUGUCGUAGGGCUCUUACAGGGUGGGAAAGAUUUUAAUUUUCCAGUUGCUAAUUGAACAGUAUGGCCUCAUUAUAUAUUUUGAUUUAUAGGAGUUUGUGUCUGGGUCCCAGGAACAUCUACUGGGGAUGACUGUUAGGCAGCUUGUGAUGAUGUUUUUUAAAAAACCUAAGUAACUUGGGGAGCCAGAGCAUUUCAAACCCAUAUAGAUACCUAUCAUACCUGUAUAACCCCUAAUACAUGGAACAUAAAUUUCAUUUCAGCUUUAUGCAUUAAUGUAUUGAAGAGGCAGGCUUUUUUCCAGUAAUAAUACUGUACAUCUAAGGUUGCUAUUCAGUAAAAUUAAUAGAAGAGAUAAUUGAAUGCCAUGGAAUAUGUAGUGACAAGAGGCCAAAUUUUUCAUGUUUGUGAGCAUGUCUUUCAGAUACUCACUAAUGGAGAAAUUCAUUUUAGACCUCUAGACCCCAAAACCAAGUUAGCAAGUGACAAAAAGUAAAUUAUUAAUAGUUCGUAAAGUGGAUGCUGGUCUUACAAAGCUCCUAUUCACAUGAACCCUAUGGUUAAUUAGAAAGAACUUGCUGUCUCCAGAAAAGGGAAUGGAAAGAAUAACUAUGUAUCUUCUUUUCAUGUAAUUUGGUCACAGAAUAAGGUAUUCAAGUUAAGUCUAAUCCAAGUCUUAGAGAUCUUUAAGUAUCCUAAAAUAGCAGCCUAAGUAGUCAUCAUGUAAAGAAGUUGACUUUCAGGAAUGUCAGCAUUGACCUCUCCUUGCCGCUGUUACUCAGCUAAACAUAACUUGCCAUUCUUAAAAAUAAAAAAAGCUCCCACCCAGAAAUUCUAGUGAUACUCAGUUUUGACCUCUUACUGCUUCCAUGUGGGACUUCUUUUCAGCUUUUAACCAUUGGAAUUUUCUACCUGCUAUGUUCCUCUCUGGAAAAUAUCAAUUUGGAAAUGCUGCCUUUCAAAUCAAUGCCAUGAUCAUCCAUAUUGUUGAGUUUGUUGUUGGCGUUCCAGAAGUGUCCCCAUUUUACAACUUUAUGCACACACCUGGCAAAUCAUUAACAUGAGCAUUCAACAGUACUGGGAUGGGUGGGGUGGGGGUGGGGGGCUCACCAACAGAACUGGCCAGUUGACAUUGCCUGAAAAGGCACCACCUUUAAGGGCCAGUUGUGGGGUUGGUAAGCACAGUUACGAAAAUUUCUAUCUAGCCUCCGUUUUGAAUGGUUUUAAGAAAUUUUGUAUAUGGAGGAUGGAAAUGCUUAUAUAUUUAUUGAAAAUCCUUUUAUUUGAAAUUAAAAUUAUUUGGUAAAUAAUUGUUUGAUAUUUGGGGAGGGUUUUGGAGGGGAGAUAAUGUCACUGAUAAAUUAAAAGCCUGUUGAUUUUGCAGAAAGGUACUGUUAGUGACUGAUAGGAUGCCUUGUUUUGUACAUGAACCAAAUCUUUGUUUUACAUUUCUUUUAUCCAAAAUAUUUAGGCAUCUUACAUUUUCAACCAGAAUUUCAAUUAUAUACUGUGAUUUUUAUUUGUUGCAAUACAUUACAAUUUCAGAGGUACUUUGGGGCUCAAAAGCUAGGAUUUCUAAGUCAGUAUGUGCAUUUCACGUGAUAAAGCUGUUAAUGGUGAGCAAAGUAUUAUAUACUAACUAGAUUUUUCCACAUCUGUAUAGUAUAUUAUAUGUAUUUUGUGGUAUUGAGAGUAUAGAAAGUUUAGAGUGUCAAACAUGCGUUUAAUGUGUAUUUUUAAACAAAUUUAUGGCAAUUAAAAUAUUUGGAGACAAGGGUAUCACAUUUCAAUUUGUAAAGAUCUUUUUAACUCUACUGUGUCAUUAAGAUGCUUUGUACAAUGCCAAACCAUAGCUGGAGAAACUAAGUUUAAUAAAUAUCAAAUAGAUUUUCUGUAUUAAAGUUAAUGAACACUGUA